UACAAGUUCUAAAACCCAGAAACUCUGGAAAAUCCAAUAUUUGCGCUCCAGAGAUACCACACAGACAAAAAGCACUCAAAUGCAGCUAUAAUUCUGUGCUUUUACCUCCAUGAAUGAAUCUCUCUUUUCCUCUCCUCUGCUUCGUCUUCCUCACCACAGGCAUCAAUAAGUAGUAGUUCAUAGCUAGGGUUUUUCUCUUAUUCUUCUUUGACCACAUGGCGACUCUUGUGCUAUUCGCGCCGAACGCAACCUCUUCGCCUUUCUCUUACCGGCCGAACUCUAGGACUAGCCCUCUCCUUCAUCGGCCUCACCACCACCACAAUCUUUCCCGUUCCGGGAACUUACUUGGACGUUCGCUUUCCGUCACGAGGUUCGCCUUCAAGCCUGGUUUUCUACCUGAACCUCAUGGCGCUGAGGACCUGGUGAAGGACUUGCUUAGUCGAGCUGACGCUUUUCUGUACACUAUUGCCGACGCUGCUGUUUCAUCCUCCGAUACGGUGACUACCACUGCCAAACAGAACAACGAUUGGCUUUCUGGUAUUACCGGUUAUAUGGAGAGUGUUCUCAAGGUAUUGAAGGAUGGGCUUUCUGCCUUGCACGUACCAUAUGCUUAUGGUUUUGCCAUUAUACUCCUUACAAUUCUCGUUAAGGCUGCUACAUUUCCAUUGACAAAGAAGCAGGUAGAAUCUUCCUUGGCUAUGCGGUCUCUGCAACCUCAGAUAAAGGCUAUUCAGCAACGUUAUGCUGGUGACCAGGAAAGGAUCCAACUUGAGACUGCUCGGUUAUAUAAAUUGGCUGGCAUUAAUCCUCUAGCAGGAUGCCUGCCUACACUUGCAACAAUACCUGUAUGGAUUGGUUUAUAUAGAGCACUUUCAAAUGUGGCUGAUGAGGGACUUCUCGCAGAGGGGUUCUUCUGGAUACCUUCCCUCGCUGGUCCAACUACAAUUGCUGCCCGUCAAAAUGGAAGUGGCAUCUCUUGGCUUUUUCCUUUUGUGGAUGGUCACCCACCCCUUGGAUGGUCAGAUACAUUGGCGUACCUUGUGUUGCCUGUAUUACUGGUUAUCACUCAGUACAUUUCUGUCCAAAUAAUGCAGUCGUCACAGCCUAAUGAUCCCAGCAUGAAGAGUUCUCAGGCUCUAACUAAGUUCCUUCCUUUAAUGAUUGGUUACUUUGCUCUGUCAGUUCCUUCUGGGUUAAGUCUUUACUGGUUCACAAAUAAUAUAUUGAGCACAGCACAACAAGUAUGGCUUCAAAAACUUGGAGGGGCCAAAAACCCAGUGAUGCAAGUACGUGAUAAAACAGUGGAUGACAAUGUAAUGCAAAUUCAGAAAUCAGUCUCUGAGCUAGAGCCCCCUAAAAUAGAGGCCAGUCUAGGUGAGAAAUCGACAUCAGAGGGACCAAAACCAGGGGACAGAUUUAAGCAAAUAAAGGAGCAAGAGGAAAAGAGAAGAAGACAGAGAGAAGAAGAAAAAAGGAAAGCUGAGGAGGCAGCAGCUAAAGCAACUGAAGUACACGAGGCAAGGGACAAAAAGACUGAGGUUGGAGAUGAGGAUGGAGAUGAUGGAAUUGCUGUAAAAUCUGAUGCUGUGACUGCAAAUGAUGAUCCUUCUACUUCUGGAAUUGUUGUGAAUGGCAAUCCCUCCAGUGAGGGCUUUGGGAGAUAUCAAAAAGCCACAUCUGCAUUGCAUACAGAAAAUAAAGGUUCUGCUGAUUACCAGUUCAAUGAAAGGAAUGAGAGAAGUCUAGAAAGAGUCCCAUAUCAUUCUUUUACCAUGCUUUUGAGGUAUGAGAUUGAGAUGGAAACAGAAGUAUACACACCUGCUGCCACAGACAGCAAGACACCCGUUGAAGACCCAGAUCAAGUGACAAAGGACUGA